AUGAUAGCAAAAAAUACAAAACCCACCAUAGUUGAAGAGUGGGAGAUGAGUGUGGCUAUGCUGAGUAACAUCUACCAAAGGAAUGUUCAAGAAGAAGUAGCGAAGUCUAUGGCUAUUAGUAGUCCCUCCUCAUUUAAGAUUGUUCUUCUCAAUCUAGGAAUCAUGAAUAACUCACAGUUCAGCAUCUAUCAUUUGACCUUGGGAGAUCCAGAAAUAGUCAAACGAAAUCCUAUUUCAAGAAAAGGUGAUGGAGUCGGGAUACCGUCUCUGUGUAUGAGUGAAUCUGACAGUAGCUACAGUAACAGUGCUGAAUCUAUAACACAGGUUCAGUUAUACUCAGACAGAUCAAUAAAGCAUGAAUUGUCUUACCGUGAUAUCAAUCAGAAGCCAUCGCAUUCUUAUGUAGCAUUGAUUUCAAUGGCAAUACUGAGUAAACCAAACAAGAAAAUGUUACUCAACGACAUAAAUCAAUACAUAAUGGAUAAUUUUCCCUUUUAUAAUAACAAAGAAAAAGCAUGGAGAAACAGCAUACGACAUAAUCUUUCUCUCAACGAGUGUUUCGUGAAAAGUGGCAGGUCCGAUAACGGCAAAAGCAACUAUUGGUCUAUUCAUGUAUCAUGUAUGGAAGAAUUUGCAAAAGGAGAUUUUAGGCGUAGAAAUGCAAAACGAAGAGCAAGAAAAAGUUCUAUAAAAACAGCUGAUAGUUCAUCAAAUAAAUUCUACACACGGAACAAUAAUGGGUAUGUUCCUAUGACAUCAUCGCAAAUUGGAUCCAAUCUACACGAAAUGAAAAGAUCCUUAAUGCAGACACAACGUCACAACAACCACCAUAUCAUUCAGCCUCCUGAAUCUACAUUUGGAACGACAAAAACGCAAUUUCCGACUGUCAUGCAGUCGUUUGGCAACGGAUCUUCAUUUCCUGUUGCGGUUUUAUCGUCAUGUCGAGAAUCAUUUAAAGCACCAUCCACAAGUUGUACGUUUCUAACAUUCAGACCGAGUUUUAAUUCUGCUUUUUAUUCAUCUUGUCAGAAAUAG